GUAAGACCGAGAAGAGUAGUUUGCGAACUUCAUGUUUUUUGUAUAUGUUCAGAUAAUUAGAGUUAAUUAAGUAAUAAGAGAACUUUUUCAAAAAUGCCUAAACAGCAUGAAAAGCCGAGAGUAUUAUUGGAAGAAUUCCGUGUAAAGAAUGCACCAGAAGAUUAUGGCAUGGCUGACGAGAAAUGGAACUUCAAGAAAUUCAUCAAGAACUUCCGCAUAGUUAUUGUUCGUAUGGAUAACUUUGAGAUGGAAUUUGAUUUAAUUGGUAUACAGCCGGCCUUUGCAAAUGCUUUUCGAAGACUGAUGUUAAGUGAGGUGCCUAGCAUGGCUAUAGAGAAAGUUAUGAUAAAGAAUAACACUUCAAUAAUACAGGAUGAAGUACUAGCCCACAGAUUAGGCCUUAUUCCAUUAAAGGCUGAUCCCAGAUUAUUUGAAUAUAGACCUGAAGAUGCUACGGAAGGGUCAGAAUUCAACACAUUAGAAUACACAUUAAAAGUCAAGUGCACCACUAACAAAUCACAGCCGAAGGAUUCUUACAGAGCUGAAGACUUGUAUGAAAACCACAGUGUAUACUCCUCUCAAAUCAAGUGGCACCCUAUCCAAAACCAAGCCACAGUGUACAAAGAAGCAGAUGUUGGACCUGUACAUGGAGAUAUACUGAUAUCAAAAAUGAGACCUGGGCAUGAGCUGGAUCUCCAUCUCGUAGCUGUCAAGGGUAUAGGCAAAGACCAUGCCAAAUUCUCCCCUGUUGCAACUGCCUCAUACCGCCUACUGCCAGAUGUACAAUUAACACGUGAAGUACGCGAUACUGAAGCUACUCUUCUGCAGAGUUGUUUCUCUCCGGGCGUAAUUGGAAUUGAUUCCAAGGGUUGUGCCUUUGUAAAAGAUGCAAGAUAUGAUACCUGCAGUAGAAAUGUCUUCAGAUACGACGAAAUUAAAGAAGCAGUUGUGUUGAGUAGGAUACGCGAUCAUUUCAUUUUUAAUGUGGAGUCUGUUGGAGCUUUGCCGCCUCAAGUUAUAUUUGUUGAAGCUGUAAAAAUAUUGAGAGAUAAGUGUAAAUCAUUACUUGAAGAAUUAAAUACAUUUUAAGUUUGGUUUUAAUAA